AUGGCUCAAGGUCCUGUAGCUUUGUCCGCAGCAGCGUCCCCUGAUGGACAGCCGCGGUGGUUCGCUGUUCCAGAAAAGAUGCAACAUUUUUUUGUUGUACGAAAUAUGCCUUCUUUUUCGUAUUCUACUACUUUGACGCGGUGCGGCGGCGGCGGCGGCGAUGGAGGCCCACGCUUACUCGGCUUGUGGGUUUCUACAACACUGCUCAGCCGUGUGCCGGUUGAACCAGAUAUGGAAGCAGUGAUUCACACACCGGGCCGCUUUAUGGGAGUUGUAAACGCCGACCAGUUGUACCCGAACUGCUUCCUGGCGGAGAAGGAGUUUGAAUGCCUGCUACUGCAAUCUGGUAAAGGAUUUACAGAAAAAUGA